GUGGGUAGGAGGAAACCCGGGGCGUGGGGAACCCACGGCUCCUCCCGGCCCGGCUUGAUCACCCCGCCUCCGGCGGUGCUCGACCCGCACGGUGGAGCCGCUGCCCGACUUUGGACGCUGCGGGGGCUUCGGACGCGGGUGGGACGCCCUCCCCGGGUGUUCGCGUUUCCACGUGCGUUUCCUUGCCACGGAUCUUCGGGGCACUAUGAACGAAGAGGAGCAGUUUGUAAACAUUGAUUUGACUGAUGACAACAUUUGCAGUGUUUGUAAACUGGGAACAGACAAAGAAACACUCUCCUUCUGCCACGUUUGUUUUGAGCUAAAUAUUGAGGGAGUACCAAAGUCUGAUCUCUUGCACACCGGAUCAUUAAGGGGUCAUAGAGACUGCUUUGAAAAAUACCAUUUGAUUGCAAACCAGGAUUGUCCUCGAUCUAAGCUUUCAAAAAGCACUUACUAUGAAGAAGUUAAAACCAUUUUAAGUAAGAAGAUAAACUGGAUUGUACAGUAUGCACAAAAUAAGGAUGUGGAUUCAGAUUCAGAAUGUUCUAAAAAUCCCCAGCAUCACCUGUUUAAUUUCAGGCAUAAACCAGAUAAAAAGUUACUCCCGCAAUUUGACUCCCAAGUACCAAAAUAUUCUGCAAAGUGGAUAGAUGGAAGUACGGGGAGCCUCACACACUGUAAACAAAGAAUAUUGGAGCAGAAGGAAAAUACAGACUUUGGACUUGCUGUGUUACAAGAUUCAGGUGCCACUUUAUGCCACAAGAGUGUAUUGUGGCCUCAUAGUCACAACCAGGCCCAGAAAAAAGAAGAGACAAUCUCUACUCCAGAGGCUAAUGUCGAGGCCCAGCAUCCACAUUACAGCAGAGAGGAAUUGAAUUCGAUGACUUUUGGUGAGGUAAAGCAACUGAAAGCAAAGCUCCGACAGCAAAUACAAGAAGUUUUUGAAAAGUUAACACACCAAGUACAAGAAAAAGAUUCUUUGGCCUCAGAGCUCCAUGUCCGCCACGUUGCCAUCGAACAGCUUCUCAAGAACUAUUCCAAGUUACCAUGUCUGCAGGUGGGGCGGACAGGAAUGAAGUCACACCUACCCAUAAGCAACUGAACUACACUUACAUUCACAUCCUAUGCCCUGCUGUUGACUGGACUGCCAGAUGUGCAAACUUUGAAGAAGUUAGGGUCCAUUUUUUUAUGGUCAUUAAAUUUGCAAAGCUUAAAGGCAGUAUUUAAUAUCUUUUUCAAAUAAAGCAGAUCAUUACACUCUAGUCUUCUAGGGUUAAACAUUCUGGUUUACUUUGAGAAUCUUUUCCCAAAUAAUUUCUAAAUGGCCCUCCCUAACUUUUAGCACAUGUGACUACUUAAAUAUACUGUUGCAGUGUGAUUUUAUUAAACAUAGUUUAAUGUAAUUCACCUUUCAAAACAAUAGGUUAAUAAACUCCGUAGAUUAGUCUGAACUAAAGAUAAAUUUUAAGGGGAAAUGGAAUUCAUAAUAUCACCUUAUUUAUUAUGAGCAAUAUUUUAAUAUGAAAAUUUUAUAUAUAAAAAUGCUAUUUUAGGUACCUUUCCAUUCUCUGUAUAAAUGUAUCUGAAUGGCUCUGUAUAUUAUAUUUACACUUUCAUGUGUGAAUAUGUUACCCAUAUUUCAGAUCACUGCAUUUUAUUCUCUUAAUACACUGUUUUUACAACUAUUAUCUUGUUUUCCAAAGAGAAAUGUAUUUUGGAGUAGAAAUCUAGUUGAAUUAUUUGACUUCUCAUAACUCUUAAGAAAGAGGAAUUAAUAACUUUUUAAAGCAAAUAUACAAGAAAAUAAAAUAUUUUUCCUAAUAAAAGCAGUUCUAAGUUCGUUUAGGAAGAAAAUGCUAAUCUAGCUUUUGUAAGUUAACUUGUCUUAGUAGAAGUAAAAGCCUCUUCUAUUUCAUUCUAAUGACUUUGUUAGAAUUCGAACAGUAAGUCAAGCCUCACUUCCAAGUCAAAUGUAAUAUCUUCAAAUUGAAUGCACUGUGAAAUAAUUGUCCUAUCUUUGAAAAAAUUAGAAUUAUUUUGUGUGCCACUUCGGAUAAAGGUUCAAGGAUCCUUAAACUGUCCAAAUUCUGUUAUCAACAUCAUUGAAAUUAGUGCCCAAAGAAAGCAUUGUGAGGUAUUUUCCUAAACUUCAGAAUCUAAAAGGAAAGAGAAGACUGCUUGACACAGAAAAACAAAACUCUAAUUCAUAAAUAGCCCAUUUUAAAAAGGAUAUUCAUAUAGUUGUCUAUGAUGUUUCCAAAGAGUUCUGAACUAAUAGGUUGUCUCAAACAGCUGCAUAAGUUUUCAGUAAUGUAUUAUAGUAAAAGCUGUAACAUUAAAAUGGGCUCUAAAUUCUGUUCUCAACUGGUGCUUAGAAUGUAUUUGUAAGUAAGGUCGUUUGCUUGAAGAAUCUACAGAAAAGCCCAGAACUUGGCGGCUUCAUGCGUAAAGAUGUGAAUGAUUUCUGUCAUGAACAUGGCAGCCUGACCCAACCUGGGUCACAUUUUAAUCUUGAACACAAACAGUAUUUGACUAAGCAAAGGAACACCUCAAACUAGUGGAAAACAACUUUCGUAUUGCUAGAGUGUAUUAAAUUUGCCCGAGAGUAUUACUUGAUAUCUCAUUAAUUUUGGGGUUUUUUGGUGUUUUUUUUUUACUUUGAGAUCUGAUAUAACUGCUUUUUGGAGGAAGCUUUUGGAAGAUGGUUUCAAUUUCUCUUGAUUCUUUGAGUCAUCCAACAUGAAUUUAAAAUCCAGGGAGUCGGGGAGGCAUUGCCUUACUUUUGAUAAGCUUUAAAUUGAAUGUGUGCAAUAUCAAAAUCUCUAUAAAUUUACAAGUUGAAUAAAGGCAUUUCUGGAUGAUGCUAGUGAGUAUCUUAAGUGCUCAGAUGUCAUGGUCACAUUUUCAAAUUUGACUUCACUCUUUUGGCAUAAUUCAUCAAGAAUGUUACCAGCCAGUGUGCUUGCACACAUUUGUGCUUCUAUUUAGAUCAGUUAGGGACAGCCAUCAGGGCUUGGGGUGUGUUGCACUUGUUCUCAGUAGUAGCAUAUUUCCAGAAUGUGAACCAUAUGGUGCAGCCUUGAAUACAACAGUGUUACCCAAAGAAAGUAUUCACUUAUUUCUUAAAGAAUUUCUGGCAAAUAUGUAGCUUUACUAAUGACUUUGGAACAAUUGGGAUUGUGCCUGUACCAAAGUCUUAAUCUGGGAUUCUGAUUUAUUCCAUUUAGAUAUUUCUACUUAAGCUCUUCAGAGGAAAGGUGCUCUUAAAAAAUAACCUGAGGUGCUGAUACUCACAUUAGUACUUUAUUUGGAUAAAUAUUCUAGUAAAAAAUUAUUUUAAGUAUUUUGCACAACAGUUUAUCCAAAUGUUUGAUAAACUUAUUUUGUAUUCCAAUGUUUUCUUGAUUGAAUAUGCAAUUCUUGUAUGUACUAAAAUAAGGUUAAGGGACAGUUGAGUUCUACUUUACGAUAAUAUCAAAUACCACAAAUAUUAGUUACUAGGCUAUUUUUCUGUACAGCUAGUACUUUUUGAAGAAGUUUAGAAGAGAAUCUCAUAUACCUUCGGUUUCCAAAAUGGCAAAACUGACUACAAAUUAGCCAUUAGUAAUAUUUUCAGAGCUUAUGUGAUUAAGGGAGUGAAAUACACUAUUUUUUCACAUUCGAUUUCAUAGUUAGACAAAUUCAUAGUUGAAUUGAGUUUGAAAAACUCAGUUUGAAGUCAGAAGUGAUUUUCACCACACAGGACUGUUCUCUUUAAAAAUUAAAGUUCAAAUCUGGUCUUCUAUCAUUCUUCGAUCCUAGUAUUUAACACCCUAAUUUAUUUUUUUAAAGGCAUGCACUUAAGAUACAAAUAAUGGAUGAUGCAGGCAGUAAAAUUCAUAGUGUUUUGUUCCAUUAUGUAGUUUCUGAUGCACAAUGUUAGGGCAAAGAAAUGUUCUUACUUUUUCAAAUUAUAUGCUCAUUUCACCACAAAGUGCCCAUUUUUAUAUGCAUUUGAGGAUUAUUUUUGAAAUAAGUUCACAUUGGAAAGUGAUUUCAGAAAUAUAAUCAAAAUACAUUCUAUUUUGUUGGCAUCUUGAGAUUUCUUGGGUUUUCCAUUUUACCAUAUUCUUUACCACUGAAAAUAGUUUAAAGUGCUUUCUUUUUUUGUUUAUAUAUUUUUUUACUUUGGUGUUUUUACUCUUGAGGCUUGUCAAUUUUUCCUAGUUUUUUAAAAUUAAUUUUUUAUCUAUUUGUGCAUUUUAAUGUUUGCCAGUUUUUGUUUUAGAAGAAGCUUGCAUUGUUAAUGUUGUAAAAAGUAAUAAAAUGUAUAUGCUCUAAACUUAAUAGGAACUUAAUAAAUUAUUUGUUUCGAUAAGAGGUUCAGGUUAGUGUCCAUAAAAUUAGGUUAUAUGACAUGAAAACUUUUAAAUGGUACAAUGUAAAGUUCUUAUAGUGUUAUUUUUUUCUGAUUGAUGCCAGUUAGUUUACUGACAGAUGUUACUACUUAUGCUAAAGUAAGGUAUUUGAGUAUUUUUAAGUACUUAUUAAAAAGUUUAGUACUCUACAAAAUUCUUUAAAUAUCUUUUGUUCAGAUGUGGCUAUAAAGCAAAGAUAAUUUCAUUUCAAAGUUUGCAUUUUUAACUUUAGGUUGGUGGAAAUAAUUAUUUGAGAAAAUUUGUGGUAAAAAUCAGUAAGAGAUAAAACUCAACAAGUUACUCUUGCCAAAUUAAGUUUUAUGGUGGUAGGGUGAAAGUUUAUUUACCUGAAUAAUAAGGUAAUAGGGCUCUGGCACAAGUACAGGUAUCUUGGAGGAGGGCUAGAAUCCAGUGUUUGGAAUAACAAGGUUCUGUGUUGCAUCUCAGUAUUUUCAUUCACUUCAUCCUUUCAUAAUUGCCCUUGUUAUAAUGUCGCCUAACAUUAUUAAGCAAUUUGGUCAUAGCAAGUGAGAUUUUUUUUUUUAGCAUCUAAUUUGUAAUACAUACUUUUCCUAUUUUUAGCUUGAGAGUCCAGAUUACUAAUGCAUUUUAGUGAUAUUGAAUAAUCCACAAUUUUACCAAUGUGGAAAAAAAAAAAAAACAUGGAAUGAGUAUUACCCUCCAUCCUCUCCCCAAACAUGCUAAUUGAACUUCCCUCACCUUCACAACGCAAAGGGAAUUUUAGUGAAUAUAUAUUUAUUUCUUUCAAACGUGUAGAGUGUUUAUUUCCAUUCUACUACCUCCAAAAGAGGCCGUUUAGAAAGUGUUCAGUGGCAACUUCUGUUAAAGCCAUUCCUCCUUUUAUAAUCUGUAUGUAUGUUAACCUUGCUUUAAAUCUGAGUAGUUUAUGCUGUGGUCAUUGCACUUAAUCUCUCUGAUGUUAGAAAUUUAUAAAUUGUGCCAAGAUGUUUGGAAUAAGAAAAUGCAACUGGUAAGAGCAGUGGUAAAAAACAAGUUAGUUUCAAAAAGUUUAUUUAGACAUUACUUGGCUAUUGACACGUUUAAAGCUGCAAUAAUUUACAUAUUUAUAUUGCUCUGCUUUGGAACUGUAACUAUAUAUGCUUGUCCACUAUUUUUAAUUUUACAAUAAAAUAAAUAUUUUGUUAUCCGUUAGUUUCAGUGGAUAUUUUUAAUAGAACUUUUCUUAAUGGUUGACCUGAAUAAAGGGUUUUGUUUUGCAGGCUUAAGGAGUCUAUACUUAGAAUUGUUAUCUAAUGGUUCUACCUUAAUUUCUUGUGAGAAUCUUUCUUUGAAACUUAAGUGAAUAUUCUCUCUGUCCCAAGAGUCCAGAAGCAGGUAAUAAGAUAUUUGUGAGUUACUGUAUAUCUAUGUAACUUUUUAAUUGGAUUGUACUUUUACAAUAAAUAUACAAAUUUUA